AUGUCAGAAUCCAAGCUGGUAGCCAUCUCUUCGGAUUCCGACGGAAUAUUUCCCACUGAUUCCGGCGUUUGCGCCGACGGCAAAGACGAACUCCUGUUCGUCGGCAUAACGAGAAACCUCGCCGCCAGUGUUUCCACGAACAGGAAACCCGUGGCGAAGCUUUGUAUCUCCCUGAAGUUGCUUGUGAAAAGUGAAGGAGAGUCGUUGUUCCGAUGUUGUUCCAUCGUUCAACCGUUUCAUCGUCGCUUCCCCUUUCUUCGGUCACAGGCCCUUUGUGGUGCCUCGGGUGAUACCUUCUGUGGAGGAGUGGGCUUCGCGACGGGUGAUGGGCCGAGGCUUGGUUUGUGUGACGUGCAGUCCGGCGGCAAGGCUCCCUGGAACGGUGCAGAGACCGGCGGCUUCAGCUGA